AGGCCACAUAUCGUAUUAAUGUCAGAAUACCUCAACUAAUAACAAUUAAACAAUUUCACUUUCCGGCCAAUUAAACUAUUUAAUACUACUUCAUUGUUACAUUAACAUUUCUCAAUACGAUCUCCAAACUUUCUCAUCUUUCCUCCUAUCAUAUUAAUUAAAUAGGUCUUUCACUGUUUUGUUACCUUUGUUUUUAUAAGUUAAUUAAUUUAGCUUAGCCAUGUUUAGAGCACUGAGCACACGAAGAGAUUAUAGGGGAUAUGAUGAAUUGAUUAAAGAGGAGGCACCAUCCACUCCACUAGUAGAUCCAAAAUUGAACCGAAACAGAAGCGUUUCAGCAGCUUAUAAAUUUUUUAGUCCAUCCAGGAAGGAGCAAAAUUUUCCGAUGAGUCCUCAAGUGAAUAAGGAAGCGAAAAAAGCGAGCAAAAUUCACCCGAUAUUCAGCCUAUUCGAAACGAAGAAGAAGAAGAAGGCAACUGCUAGGCCCGAAUUCUCGAGGUACAUUCAGUAUGUUAGAGAGGGGGGUUUUGGUGAUGUGUUGCAGACUUCUUCAGUUCCUCCAACUUCACCACGGCCGUGAAUUGAUUCAAUAAAUUCGUGCACAAUUUUAAUUUGGAGUUUGGGUUCAAGUUACGUUGUUGACAAUUUUAACUGGAAAUUGAUGCUGCCAAUAAUAAUACACCAAAUCCGGAGUUUGCUGGUUUUGCCUGGUGAAGAGAACAUGGGAUGAAGAGUAAUGAAUUUGAUUACGUAAAUAAAAUGUGAGAUAUGAGUAAUAUUCAUUUUCCUUCUUAAUUUAUUAAUUACGAUUAAAAAAAUCUCUUGAUUUCCUUUAACUUUGAUGCACCGGCCUCUUAAAUCCUACUCCUAUAUACAAAGGGUACGCACAAAAUAAGGAGCUAAGAAAUGGAACAAUACAGAAAAUUUUAGUGAAUUAUGAAAAAUAUAAUCCAAUUUCUUUUUUCUUUUUUGUAAGAAAAAACUUAAGAAAGUCAACUUGGAGUAUCAUGUGACCAUCAUGAGCAUCAGUUAAUAAUUGUCACAUGUGAUCUUCUGAGAAUAAAAUUAUAUAAAAAAUAUAAUAA